GAAGCGAUCAAGUGGCCGGAGCUCAACGCUCACGGUGAGGAGACCACGCACGCGCUCCCCACCAACCGUACCGGUGGUGCUGGUUUCGAGACCUCGUCGGAAGUCAACCUCGCCCGUCCCAGUUCACGCGCUGGCAGUAUCGCACCCUCUGCCGCGGCGUCCUCGGUUGACCUGUACAGCAACCGUAGCGACCCUUACGCCGUCCCUCCCCUGCCGCACCUCAACCCGAACAUGCCGUACCGCGACGACCCGAGCCAGGUGUACUACGACAACGACCCGUACGCGACUGCUGCUGCCGUCGCACCUGUCGAGUCGAUACCCAUGACGCAGAUCAACCGCACACGUUCGCCAGGCCCCCAGAUGGCGUACGGCUACGACGGGCGCGUAAGCCCCGGACCGCAGCAGAGCCUCAGUGCGAACUACGCCGCAGUGCCCGGCCGCGCAUCCCCUGCCCCUAUCCCCCAGGCAGGUCGCAUGUCGCCCGGGCCACAGAUGGCGUACGGCCCCGGGCCA